AUGGGUGGUGUUGCGUGGACAGAAGAAGAAGAUCACUUGCUCAAGAAAUGCAUACAACAAUAUGGAGAAGGAAAGUGGCAUCGUGUUCCUUUGCUGGCUGGUUUAAACAGGUGCCGAAAGAGUUGUAGACUAAGAUGGCUGAACUAUCUCCGUCCGAACAUCAAGAGGGGAAAUUUUGCGGACGAAGAAGUUGAAAUGAUAAUCAAACUCCACAAAUUAUUAGGCAACAGGUGGUCACUGAUUGCAGGAAGGCUACCUGGAAGGACUGCUAAUGAUGUGAAAAACUAUUGGAACUGUCAUCUGAGCAAAAAGCUAAAUGCUCUAGAAGGUGAAGAUAGAUCAGUAAGCAGAGACGUUCAAGUGAUUAGGCCUCAGGCUAGGAACAUUGGUUCAAGCUCAACUAAGAGAAGGGAUGAGGGAGAGUUUCCAACUGAGAAAGCAGUUCAACAAGAGAGCAGCAUGUCCUCACUGACGUUUGAUGCUGAUGGACAGAACCAAGUGGUUGAAUCACAGGAAGACAACAUAUAUGCAUGCUUGGACCAACAUGGCAUUGUUAAUGAAUUGUCAAUGGACUUUCAACUAGAAGGAUUUGAAGAAAUGAUGAAUGGGGAGGGGAGUGUUAGCCAAUGGGAUUGGGGUGAUUUGCUCCUUGACAUGGAUUUGUAUAAGUGA